AUGCACAUCCGGUGUGAACCAUCCUUCUUCCUGACGAAGAGAAUCAACGCUCCCCACGACGAACUGCUCAGACGUAGGAACUGCUUGCCCAACAGUUCCUGCAGCUAUGAUGACAGCUCCUGCACCUCUGGUGGUGCCAAUCGGUACGGCGCCUUGGCGAUAAGGGUCGCACCUGGAACUAGAUCGAUCCUAAACUCGACCUACCUCUCCGGAGGCACUCCGGGCAACUCCUCCGGAAAGACAUCAACGAACUCUCUGGCCACCGGAACAUUCGAAACUGAAACUGGAUCCCUGACUCACGUAUCCACCACAUACACUAAGUAA